GUUUCUGCAGGUGGUAAUUAUUCCACGUCACUUUGUUUUUGCUUGUGUAGCGUCCACACAGUAACCGCUUUCCACCGGAUUAAUCCCAUAUUAGUUCAGACUGCAGGCAUGUCGUUACUGGAAACAGACGACAGUUAUGAUUUCGUCUUUAAGAUAGUUUUGGUUGGGGAUGUCGGUGUGGGGAAAACUUGCGUGGUUCAGCGGUUUAAGAAAGGCACUUUUAUCGAAAGACAAGGGAACACAAUCGGUGUGGAUUUUACAAUGAAGACGAUGGAAAUUCAGGGGAAAAGAAUCAAGUUGCAGAUUUGGGACACGGCAGGGCAGGAGAGGUUUCGGACCAUCACACAGAGCUACUACCGCAGCACAAAUGGUGCCAUAAUCACAUAUGACAUCACCAAGAAAGCAUCCUUCAUGGCUGUGCCCAAAUGGAUGGAGGACGUCAAGAAAUAUGGUGGCUCAAACAUUGCUACCCUUUUAGUAGGUAAUAAAUCAGACUUAACUGAAGAGCGUGAGGUUUCUUUUGAGGAAGCUAGGGCAUUGGCUCUCCAGCUGGACUUCAUUAGUGCUAUCGAAACAUCUGCCAAAGACUCCAGCAAUGUGGACGAAGCGUUUAAUAAAAUGGCAGCCGAGCUGAUGCUGAGACAUGGCGGGCCCGUGUUCAGAGACAGCAUAACCGACAGCUUCAAACUCAACAGCAAGGACGUGAGUGGUGAUGCCUGGAGCUGUGGCAGCUGUUGAUGUUGGUUCUUAGUCCUGUUGGCCUGUAAUUCAUCACAAGGCACCUUUUGUGUGUAUCACAGUUUGUCACUGUUGACUGAAUUAUCUAUCAUUAAUUGAUUAACUGAUAUACAUCUCUGAUUUUCAGGGAGCAGUAGUUGGCCAUAUCAGGCCCAAAAGUAACGGUGUUUUAAGAAAGACAAAGUAAAGGAAGUAGUGGGAAAUGCACAGAAAUGAUUAAGGUAGCUGCUACUUGGAUCUUAUAGGAACUUUGACAAUCCUACUAUGAUUAUAAUAAGGGAAUAAUCUGGUUUCAGCCAAGUUCGAACCAAUUUUGGUUUGAUCUGGUUUGACCUGUCUGAAAUUCUCAAACUAGCUUCAUGUUACCUGUAACGGAAUGUGUUACGAUUUUAAAAUCGGUCCGUUCUUCUUGUUGCUUCAAUCUGAAGAAAAUGGUAUAAGGUGAGAAUAGUCUCCAUAUACCACUGUUCUCUCCAGGUGACCUUUAACUCCUGUUCGUUAGUAGUGAAUCUGCUGCUGAGGUACUUUUUAUUUAAAUUUGUAUUAUUGCAUCCCAGUGAGCACCAGCUAAUCAAAGAUGGUGGUGAAUUUCCUUUAUGGGGUCAACCAAAUAUUUAGCCAAGACGUGUAUACAGUGUGCUCCUUACAUGCACUGCACAUAUGAAUGUAUUCCAAUCUUUAUGCUUCUUUAGUUCAGCAUUACAUAUAUAUCUCGCACACCUCAAGAUACCGUCCAGCUCCAUAACACCAUUUGUACCUAAACCGCUUCAUAAAUUUAUAUAUAUAUAUAUAUAUAUAUAUAUAUAUAUAUAUAUAUAUAUAUAUAUAUAUAUAUAAAAAUUUUUUUUAAAAAUAAAAUCUGCUUUGGAUGAGCAGAGAGGGUCUGUUGGGCAUUAAAAGGAGGAGUCAAUUGAGAACAAUGUUUUUAAUCUGACUCGCUUCUAAUAUAAAAGCCUGGAGUUAUAUUUCCUUCCUGAAUCUGUUGUAACACCAAACUGUGUUGAGGAAGAAAAGUGAUGUAGCCAUGAAGAUGGCAGAUGCUAAUGUCCUUUUAUAUCCAUUUUGAUAGAUAACAAUGUAUAGAGUGAGUGGGGUGGCUUUUUUUUUUUUUUUUAAAA